ACCACAACCAUCUCAUUACCCGUCCUCAUCGUCGUCAACGCAUAUUUAGAACCCAACUCGAGAGGGCCGCUGCUGAGAACCUUCCACUCCAAACCGACAGCAUAAAAAUCGCCCAACAUAAGCUUAUGCGAUGUUGCUUUUAUGUCGUCGUGCGCCCCGUGUGUCCCCCGCGCUAGUAUGUGUGCUAGCGCAGAGUUGUUUUUGUCGCUCAAUCUGCCAGCAUACCCAAGACCUUCGUAGCUGUCUCUCACGUUGAGUUCUCCACUGAGUUCUCUACAGCAUAAGCUGACAGGCUGCAGCAGCGUUGACCAGGUCCCUCAGUCGCGCUUGGUUUCGCUAGUUUCAGUGUGGUGCGCCGCGAGAGACACAGAGCAAGUAUGCGUCAACAGAGUUGAAAGCGAGCAGCAGGAAGAAGGUUCUUCACAGGAGGUAGAGCGCGCGUCCAAGGUGUUUUUUGGAUUUCGCCGAAUUUCGCUGAAUAGACCCCGCGCUUAUCUGUGCGCGCCCGACCUUCGAUGAAUCAAAGUUUCGCGAGCUGACACGCGCUGAAUUCGCAGUGUGGCGUAGGUUCUUUUGCACAACGCAAGACGACUUCACAGAUCUUUGUGGUGUGGUUGUGGUGGUCGUCCCUUUUGGAGUUGCUCUGCUGCUGCCUUCCCGAGGGGUGAUACCAGUUUCGAGCGAGCGUUUGUGUGAGUGUUAGUGCGAGAGUGCGUUUCAAGGUGGAACCAUCUCUCGUGUGCAUCAGUACUGCUGGACGACGACUACGGCGAAGACACGGUGGCGGAGGUGUAAAUAAAGAGUCUUGAAACAACUCGAGCAAACCAACAAAAAUGUUCACCAAGCAACUCCUGUCGUGGCUGCUGGUCAGCGGAUUCGUGAUCGUGUGUUCCUCAGCUGGCGGCAGCGGCGGUACCGGCAGCAGUGGCGGAUCCGGGGGUCGCUCUGGCGGUCUCUACAACUACGGUGGCCUGGCCGCGGCCAACAGUGGCUUGUCGCACCCGUCCUCGGCCGCGAUGCUCGCCGGAUCGAGCUCCCGCGGUGCGCCGUCCCGGUUCUACAUGCCGGCCGGACUCGGCAACCCCGAAGACCCGCGCGGAUACCGAUCGACGACCCCCAGCCAGCCGGCAACCGUAACGCCCAAGCCGAACCGUAUCUCCGCCUGGGGCAUUAUCUCGAUCGUGAUGUUCGUCAUCAUGAUCGGCGCCGGUGCCUACUGGGGCUUCAUCUGCUAUCCGCUGUUCUGCAAGAAGGAACGCAACUACAACAUGAUGAUGAACAUGUCCUCGGCCACGACCGCCACCCCCACGCGAUCCACCGAGUUCGAGAAGCUCGAAAACUACUGCUCCAAAUCGACCACCUCCAGCCGAAGCAACGACACCGGCAUCAGCAACAUCUAGCGAUCUUCCGCUGCUCAAGCACAACCUACUACUAGCUGAUAAGAGAGAGCUUCAAAAUACCAACUUAAAUUUUCGGCUUGCCAUACGAACAAUUACGAAAUUUAGGAAAACCAAUAACUUGUGAAACCCCCCCAACUAGCCUUAAGAACAUACUCGAUCAAUAAGUUAAUCGAUAAGAGACUGAUGAUAAAUCUUAAAUAAAACGCGCGAUAUAGAAGUAUUACACACGGUUGUAGACAAUCCCAAACGAAAACGUGAAUAAAUUUUUACAAGACAACUUUUUUUGCUAACAAUAAAAGCAUUGUUUUACUCGGUGCUGUUCCCAAGAAAUCCUUGAUCCAGCGGAAAUUUCUCUCAAGAAGCGAAACAAUA